AUGGUGGCGAUACCCCCAACACUGAAAGGAAAAGUGACAGACUUCAUUCAGAUGUUGAAUGAUAGAAUAAAUGACCCGAUAGCACAGCGACGUCUAGUCCUGCUGAUAGUAAGUAUGGCGUUGCUUUUGGAUAACAUGUUGUACAUGGUAAUUGUGCCAAUCAUACCGAUGUACUUAGAGGAUGUCCUAGACUGGGGAAGUGAUGAUGAAACUGUGGCAGUAGCUCCUUUCAAUGCAACAUGGAAUUCGACACACAACUUGACUGGAACUCCAGCACCGGCUUCAUCUGAUUCAUCCUCCUACGCAGACUAUGCCGAGGGAGGAGGUGCAGUUGGUGUUCUUUUUGCAUCCAAGGCAAUUGUUCAGCUAAUGGUAAACCCGUUCACAGGCGCCCUCAUAGACAGGAUAGGAUACGACAUUCCGCUAAUGAUAGGUCUUAUCAUUAUGUUUUUUUCUACAAUAAUAUUUGCCUUUGGUGAAACAUAUGCCGUUUUGUUCUUUGCAAGAAGCUUACAAGGGCUCGGGUCUGCUUUUGCGGACACUGCAGGCCUUGCUAUGAUUGCAGAUAGGUAUCGAGAGGACGGAGAGCGAACGAAAGCUCUAGGAAUAGCACAAUCUUUCAUAUCAUUUGGAUGUUUAGUUGCUCCACCGUUUGGAGGUACUUUGUUCGAGUUUGCAGGAAAGGUGGUUCCGUUCAUCUUUCUGGCCACAAUGUGUUUAGUAGAUGGAAUACUCCUCCUUUUUGUAAUGAAGCCUGUGCGGUUAGAGAGGUCCCUUAUACCAAAGGAAGAACGGCCCCAGGGAACUCCUAUCUAUAGACUCCUUAUGGAUCCCUACAUCUUAGUAGCGGCUGGGGCCCUAGCUAUGUCCAACAUAUCUCUAGCUUUUCUCGAACCAACUAUAGCUAUGUGGAUGAAGGGAACUAUGAACGCGACCGAAUGGCAAAUAGGUUUUGUUUGGCUGCCGCCGUUUUUGCCAUAUAUCGGAGGUGUGGUUUUAACAGUCUACCUGGCCAAAAGAUAUCCAAGCUACCAAUGGGUUGUUUCGUUAACGGGACUUAUCAUUGAAGGAUUAUGUUGUUUUAUAAUUCCAUUUUCCAGUGCUUUCUUUGUGGUUUUGUUCCCUUUGAUGGGCCUCUGCUUGGGUGUGGCGUUUGUGGACACUGCCAUCCUCCCAACGCUAGCCUAUCUUGUGGAUGUUCGACAUUCUUCCGUAUACGGAAGUGUUUAUGCCAUUGCCGACAUAUCGUACUCCCUGGCAUAUGCGUUAGGACCAAUAAUGGCCGGACAGAUCGUACAGACCAUUGGAUUCAUGUGGCUCAAUGUUGCAAUAAUGCUCAGCAAUCUCUUGUAUGCACCGGUGAUAUUGUUUCUGAGAAGAAUCUAUGAGUACAAACCAUUCACGGAUGAGUGUGAUAUCCUUGUUGCAGAUCCCCCUCCGAAAGACUACAGUACUUACAUGCAAAAUGGAGGACUUCCGAACGGCAAAAUAAAAGAAGUGAACAAUCUUAACGGCGAAAAUCACUUAAGAUUAGGGAAACACUCCGAGAACACCUACAUCGGGAAUGCCGAAAUUGACUAUUUUGAGCCAAAGGAUCCUGAAACCUACUCAUUUUACGGUCCAAGGUGA